UAUUUCACGCAGUUGACCCGGACGACAGCGAUAUGCCGGCAACGCAGUGUGGUAAAUGACAAUAUUAAAAUGUUAUUCAACUGUUAUUAUUCAAACCGGUAAAAAAAUUAAAUAAUAAUCGGGGAAAUACGGCGUCAUUCGCUCUGGCACAACCGUGGUCCGUGACGCAUCGGCCGAAAACGCAUCACGAUAACGACUGUUUACAUCAUGAUUCACGGCGACUGUUACAAACCGUAAUCAGUAAUCACGGAUUGUGUUGUAGUAUCGUUGUUUUCGGUGGAUGAUAUAUUUUGUUUUUUUCACGCGCCGUCCUCGUUUGUUCGUGUGAUAUUUUUUUAUGUUCCAUCGUUUUCACGAAUUCAGGAUCAGACGGUCCAUAUUAUAUUUUUUUUUGCUUCCAACCGUUUUACAUCCGGCUCACCCGUCGCCGUGCGUACGUCCGACGCACCUUUUGUUUAUCUGGUACGGUUGGUGCGGUUUUUAAAAUAUCGUUUUUGCGACAUUCGUUUUUUGUCAACGAUGGGGUGCACGAUAAGUUCGGGCGAGAAGGAGGCGGUGGAACGAUCGAAGAAAAUCGACAAGUCGCUCCGGGCCGACGGCGAAAAAGCGGCGAGAGAAGUGAAACUGUUAUUGUUAGGUGCUGGUGAAUCUGGAAAAAGUACUAUUGUAAAACAAAUGAAAAUCAUUCAUGAGACAGGUUAUUCUAAAGAAGAAUGUGAACAAUAUAGACCUGUGGUAUUUAGCAAUACAAUCCAAAGUUUAAUGGCAAUUAUACGAGCAAUGGGAAUUUUAAGAAUUGAUUUUUCAGAUCCUAGCAGAACGGAAAAUGCCCGUCAAUUUUUUUCUUUAGCUAGUGCUACUGAAGAAGGUGAACUGACACCCGACUUAGUUAAACUUAUGAAAAGACUAUGGGCAGAUUCUGGUGUGCAAGAAUGUUUUUUGCGCUCACGAGAAUAUCAACUUAACGAUUCUGCUGCUUACUAUUUAAAUGCCUUGGAUAGAAUAUCUCUGCCUAAUUAUGUACCUACACAACAGGAUGUGUUGCGGACAAGAGUCAAGACAACUGGUAUCAUUGAAACAAAUUUUUCAUUUAAGGGAUUGAAUUUUAAAAUGUUUGAUGUUGGAGGCCAAAGGUCAGAGAGAAAAAAGUGGAUUCAUUGUUUUGAAGGUGUUACUGCUAUAAUAUUUUGUGUGGCUCUAUCAGGUUAUGAUUUAGUAUUAGCUGAAGAUGAAGAAAUGAAUAGAAUGAUUGAGUCUAUGAAAUUAUUUGAUUCAAUUUGUAACAGCAAAUGGUUUGUUGAUACAUCAAUCAUAUUAUUCUUAAACAAAAAAGAUUUGUUUGAAGAAAAAAUCCGAAGAAGUCCGCUAAAUUCUUGUUUUCCAGAAUAUAUGGGUUCUAAUAAUUAUGAAGAAGCAGCUGCUUAUAUACAAAUGAAAUUUGAAAGCUUAAAUAAAAGAAAAGACCAAAAAGAAAUUUAUACUCAUUUUACUUGCGCCACUGACACAAACAAUAUACAAUUUGUUUUUGAUGCUGUUACUGAUGUAAUCAUCAAAAAUAAUCUCAAAGAUUGUGGUCUUUUUUAGAAACUGCAGCCAGUUGCCAAAAUUAUUAUGACUAUUUAUUAUUUUAUUAAUUAUUUAACUGAUUAUCAUUAUCCUUUUUUUUUUCAUAUGACUGAUAAAAUGAUAAAGAUCUUAGCAGUUCUCAUUUGUUGUGCCAAAUAAUGUUAAAACUUAAGUAAUCAAUUACUGAACAAAUUUAGUAUAUUUAAUG